AUGAAAGGACCAUCAAAGUACAUGGUGACAGACAAUUUGACCAUAACACCUUUAUCUCCACUGUUAGGCUUAUCUCUUAUUAACAAAUUGAAUAUUCCCUUCAGUGACAUUGUAGAACGAGAAGUUACUAUUGGUGAGGAGGAGGUAAAUAAAAUCCUCUGGACCUAUUGUUUUUUUAUAUUGGUCUUGGGUUCAUUACUUUCUUCUAGCUAUCUGAUGUCUAUUUCUUAAUUGUUGUUCUAAUAAUUCCUUGCCGACAAUUGUUGUAUAUAUAUAUAUUUCUUUUGCAGGCUUUGCGUCUACUAGAGGCUGCUUUGGUAUCAAGAUCAGCUCUGACUGAUGCUUUCAUACUAAAGGAGCCAAAACAAAAACCACAAGCUUGAGUCCAACAGUUUCCAAACAUUAGUUCUUAGAUGCCUUGGAGCUUGAUGGUGGUAGUUUUUGGUAAUGAGGUCUCUUGGACUUGGUAUAAUUUAUAUGUGGGUUAUUAGCUCUUGUAGGACUGUUGUGCGAGCUUGACUAACAAGAUAUUAUGGCGUGGGGUUUUUAAUGCUAUGACUCCAGAUGACAUAUUUAUUAAAGGAGGAAUGGUUUUUUUUUUUUUUUUAGUUAUUAAAAUUUGUAGUUUAACCUUUGUUAUUUCCUCUUUUGUACUAGUUACCAAAGAGAGCUUUCAUACACAUGCCGAAGAUGAUGGCUCAAGUGGACUCUAUAUAUAUAUAUAUAUAUAUAUAUAUUUUUUUUCCCUCUUUUUCUUGUUGAUAGGACACACACCCCUCCAAAAAAAAAAAUAGUUUGUAGUCAACUGUCAAAUCAAGAGGUAUUGAACUUUAAACCUACUUUUUCACCCAACCUGUAAUCUAGAGAAGUGAGUUUUGACAUCGGACUUUUUAGGUCGAUUGCAAGGACCUCUUAACAUAAAAAUGUACAAAAGGAGGAGGGGACAAAGCCCAAACAAAACAACAAACAAGCCCAGAAGGCAAACCUAGCCCAACCCCAAAACCAACUAGCCGUUGCGACAAACACAAGAGACAGCAAACUUGGAAAGAACUCCUGCAGUCUUCCAAAGGGAAGACAUCCAAUUUUGCAAGGGGUCAAAAUAUAUAUAUAUAUAUUUAUUGUUUGGUAAGAGACUCUAAUGUAUGAAGACUAAAACAAAAAAAAAAAAAAAAAAUCAGAGUUGAGAAAAUCAAAAUUGUCUAUUCAAAUAUUGAGGAUGAUUUAAUUGGAGUUCGAAUGAUAUUAAAAUAGAUGAUGUUACUUGGGAGUCAGGAAUUGAGAAAAUCAAAACACAACACAAAAUUAAAAUGGAGAAAGUUUGAAAUACUUUUAUUUGGAAAUAAAUAUUUAGGGUCAGUAUAGUCUAACAGAAUUGUUUUUUUAAAAAAAUAAAGUUUAAAAUACUUUUAUUGGAAAUAAAUAUUAAGGGUCAGUACAAUUUAAGUGUUUUUUUUUUUUUUUUUACCACCUUGGCAAGGAAAACACACUUGCACCUAUUAUGGGACUUGCACACUACAAACUUUGGUGGUAAUAUAUUUGAAAAAAAAAGAAAAAAAAGGAAUGAAACUAAUGGAAAGAAACUUUGUCUUAUUGUUAUAAUGAAUUAUGUUAAGAAAUAAAAGGAAGUGGAGGGAAAAAGAGGGGUUAGAGAAAUUAUGAAAGGAAAUUAAAAAAAAAAAAUAGAAGAAAAAUGAGGUGUUCAUGAUCUGAGAUGAAUGGAAAUGACGCAUUGUUCAAUGAAAUGUUCAUAAUAUUGAUUUCACUGAGGACAAAAACAAAAUAUAUUUUAAUUCUUUUAAAAAUAAAAGAGUAUAAUGAUAAAUUCAAUAAAAUAAAUUUUUAAUUUUAAUUUUCCAAAAUUAAUUAUCACAAUAUAUUUCCUCAUUAAUUAACCAUAAAAUAUUAACAGCACCCUUCUUUUUAACUUUCUCAUGCGUAGUAAUUAACUAAUUACUGUUAUCUUUUUGUCUUUUUUCUUAUCACAUGCCAAAAGUAUUGAAUUUAUUGUUUCCCCUCUCCUACUACUUUUCUUUAUGUACGGAGUAAAUGCUUACCCUUUUAAAACUCAUUCAUAAAUCAUCAUCCAUACUUCACUUCCUCUCUAAAGCUUCAACGCCCCCCACAAAUUAACAUAUAUUCAGACAUUUGAGGCUGUGUUCUUCUUGCUUGGUCAGUUCAGCAAUGGCACAUGAAGCUUCACAAAGUCCAAGUCUGAAGGUCCUGGUGGAUGAAGAGAAGAAUCGAGUUGUUUUUGCUGAGUCCGAUAAUGAUUUUGUUGAUGUUCUCUUCAGCUUCAUGACUAUGCCAAUUGGAACCAUUAUUAGACUCACCCGUGAACAAGCAUUGAAAUGGGGGAUUGGUUGCCUGAACAACUUAUAUGAAAGUAUUGAGAAUCUUGAUGAUAAAUACCUGCAAAGUGAGAAGCGCAAGGAGAUGCUGCUAUGUCCUCGGAGUGCUGCUGAAAUUUACAGCAGAAACCUUAAACUACAUUUUGUUGAUAGUAAUUCUAAUGAGUACUAUGUCUGCGGGAGCGGAUGCACUUUGAGCCCUUACAAGACUGCCCGUUGCCAUUGUGGAAACGACAUAGGUUAUAUGGUGAAACCGAAAAAUCCUGUAUCUCUUCCUGGAGUUGGAGGGGUUUUUGUGAAACCAACCGCACGCUUUAUGAUAACUGAUGACUUUCAAGUACUGCCCAUGUCCACUAUGACUUGCUUAACCUUGCUUAAAGAGCUUGGAGCUGUGGAUGGAAGCACAAUAAAAGAGAGGUGUAUAAACAUAGGCAAGGAUGAGGUUCUGAAGUUGAUCAAUUGUUCUUUAACAUCUAUGGCACCUUUUUCUGAGACUGUCUUGGAAUCACCUGUCAGUAAAACCAGUUCUGCAAUUCGCCGUGUAGAAUUUAGUCCAAGAAGCACAACUGAAUCUCAAAGCGGCAUGGAUACAACAAGAUCAAAAGAAGCAAAGAUAGCUUUGAAGCUUAUCAUCAACGAAUGUAACAACAAGGCAUUGUAUGCUGAAGCAGAGAAAGAUUUUGUUGAUCUCAUCUGCAGUUUUCUCACAUUUCCACUUGGUUAUUUUCUUAAUAAAUUACCAUCUUUGUCCUUGAAGGGGUGCUUGGGUAACUUAUACAACAGCAUAAAAGAUUUUGACGUUGACAAAUAUUUAAAUUCUGAGGAGAUGAAGGCAACUUUAGUUGAUCCAAAGCUGGCCCCUGGAAUAGCUUACAGUACACAGCUCAUUCUCAUCAAGGAAGCUUUACAUCCGUCAUGGUCAACUGUUGAAUCCCUUUUUGGAAGAAAUUCUUUUGCAUGGGAAAUAAUAUCACAGUCAAGGGUAGCUACAAUUCGCGAAGGAUUCAUGAAAGGACCAUCGAUGUUCAUGGUGACAGACAAUUUGAUCAUAACUCCUUUAUCUCCAAUCUCAGGCUUAUCUCUUAUUAACAAAUCGAAUAUACCCAUCAGUGACAUUGUAGAGCGAGAAGUAACCAUUGGGGAGGAGGAGGCUUUGCGUCUACUAGAGUCUGCUUUUGUAUCACGAUCUGCUUUGACUGAUGCUUUCAUACUAAAGGAGCCAAAACAAUAACCACAAGGGAAUGACACCGGAGUUUUUUUUGGAGCAAAUUGAGCAAUCAUAGUAAAUGAAGAACUUGAACUCUACGAUGUUAGAUGCUUGAAGAUGUUAGCUUGCUAUAUAUAUUUGCUUUGGUUUGUAAUUACGUAAAUAAUUAUGUAAAAGUCGACAUAAUGUUCUGCUAAGGUUCCAUGCUUUUAUGUAAAUAUAUGGUGCUUUCGGAUC